UUCCGGGUCGCGGCGCCAGCUCUGCGGUUUCCGUGGCGGCUGAGCUAGUGGUCGGCUGUGCGGCCACUCCUGCGGGCCCUGGCCGCGCGACUGCUGCGCUCCGCGGCGGGAAGCGCCUCCCGCAGGGACUGAAUAUCAAUGCAAGCUUGAAAAAGAUACUUUCUUUCUCCUGCGCCAUGGCAUAUCAGUUAUACAGAAAUACUACUUUGGGAAACAGUCUUCAGGAAAGCCUGGAUGAGCUUAUACAGUCUCAACAGAUUACCCCCCAACUUGCCCUCCAAGUUCUACUUCAGUUCGAUAAGGCUAUAAAUUCUGCACUGGCUCAGAGGGUCAGGAACAGAGUCAAUUUCAGGGGCUCUCUAAACACAUACAGGUUCUGCGAUAAUGUGUGGACUUUUGUACUGAACGACGUAGAAUUCAGAGAGGUGACAGAACUUAUCAAAGUGGAUAAAGUGAAGAUCGUGGCGUGUGAUGGUAAAAAUACUGGCUCCAAUACUGCAGAAUGAACAGGAGAGAAGAGCGGCCUCUUAGGCCACUGUCUGCUGUCAUCCAUCGCUUUUUGAAGAGACACAUAGAAGAGACUUUAUUUAUUCUAGCAUUGCAGAAGUGACCACACUGUGCUGUACUAUCA